UCCACGUCGAAGGGUGUCUCUCGUCGCCUUUAUUUCUGAGUGCAAUUAUUGUGUUAGCUAACUGGAAGCUGACUCUUCGUGACGCCUUUUAUUCAUCUAUUUUGCGCCCGUCAGCGUUCCAACCCCUCAGCCACAAGUACCCCUCCAAUACCCUCGACGGCAUAAUCGAAGCAAGAUGGGUCGUGAAGACCAGAUCGAAGAGCGCGAGGUGCUCGAUUCCAUCUUCCCCGAAGAGAUUACAGACGUAUCCGAUGUCUCGUACCGCAUAUCCAUCGACCUAGACACCCCAGAAAACGAGAUCGAAGAGACCGAGCCAGCCACCCUGAUCUUGCAGGUCACCUACCCAGCAGACUAUCCGGAUGUGGCUCCCGAGCUCGAAAUCUCCGCGCCCCCCAACGCGCCCAGACACCCCCGGCUAGAUGUUCAGGAAGACCGGGGUCUACUACUGGAGGCUCUGCAGGAGACCGUCGAGGAGAACUUGGGCAUGGCGAUGGUCUUUACGCUUGUCAGUGCGCUAAAAGAGUUAGCGGAGCAGCUGAUGGCCGAGCGUGUCAACGCCGUACACGCCCUGAAGGAGGUGGAAGCCGCCAAGGCUGAGGAGGAAGAAAACCGCAAAUUCCAGGGUACCGCUGUUACGCCAGAGAGCUUUUUGGAGUGGCGGGACAAGUUUAUGAAAGAGAUUGAGGAGAAGGAAAAGAAGGAGCGCGAGGAAGAGGAGGCUAGCGAUAAGAAGUUGACUAAGAAGGCACCUGCUAAAGACGAAAAGAAGCUCACCGGGAGGCAAUUAUGGGAGCGCGGUUUGGCUGGAAAGGCUGACUUUGAUGAGGACUAUGAGGAUGCUAUGCCUCCGGUGGAAAAGAUGAAAAUAGCUGCAUAGCGUUUUAUUUGCUUAGAAUUGUCAUGAUGUGUCUAGUGCUAUUCUUAUCCAACGCCUUGGACUCUUCCUGU